ACUCCAUUCCUCCUCCUCCUCUCUCUCCUGUCCGUCUUCGUCUUGGCCCGGUGUCAGGAGAUGCCCCAUGCCCAGCUGAUGGCCCAGCUGCAGGCGUGCCCCAAAGAGUGCGAGUGCCGCCCCAGCUUCCCCAACGCGGUCUACUGCCAAAAUAAGGGGCUGAAGCGCGUCCCAAUCAUCCCCCCCUUCACCUGGUACCUGUACCUGCAGAGCAACGACAUCGAGACCCUGCCGGCCGAGUCGUUUCGCAACGCCUCCGAGCUCAGGUGGGUGAACCUGAACCGCAACAGGAUGACUAGUGAGGGUAUUGAGGAGGGUGCUCUGCAGGGGAUGCCUAACCUGGUCCACCUGUACCUGGAGGAUAACCAACUGACCUCCGUGCCCUCCCCACUGCCCCCCAAGCUGGAGCACCUGCUGCUCUCCAAGAACCGCAUCUCCAAGAUCCCCGCAGGAGUGUUCUCGGGCAUGGACAGCCUGACUCUGCUGGAUCUCCAGGGCAACAAGCUGCAGGACGAGGCGGUGACGGAGAUGAACCUGAAGGGCCUGACGAGCCUGGUGCAGAUCAACCUGGCCAAGAACCAGCUGGGCACCAUGCCACUGGGGCUGCCCCCCACCAUGGCACAAAUAUACCUGGACAGCAACAACAUUGAGAAGAUCCCCGCUGACUACUUCAAGGGCAUGCCCAAGGUCACCUUCCUGAGGCUCAACAACAACAAGCUGGGCAGCGACGGCAUUCCCAAGAACGUCUUCAACGUGUCGGGAAUGCUGGACCUGCAGCUUUCCUACAACGAGCUGACGGAGGUCCCCACCAUCCCCACCAGCCUGGAGCAGCUACACCUCGACCACAACAAGAUCAAGAGUGUGAGUGGGUCUGAAAUCUGCCCGGCGUCCGUUGUGUUUAGUGAUGACGACAAUAGCCCUCGUCUCCGCUACCUCCGUCUCGACGGCAACGAGAUCCAGCCCCCCAUCCCCCACGACCUGAUGGGCUGCUUCAAACUCCUCCGGGCCGUGGUCAUCUAA